AUGUCAAGAAAGCUACAACGGACGGAGAUCUGCGCUGACUGCAGUGCACCAGACCCUGGCUGGACCAGUAUUAACCGAGGUGUACUGAUCUGCGAUGAAUGCUGUUCAGUUCACCGCAGUUUAGGUCGCCAUAUCUCCAUAGUCAAGCAUCUGAGGCACAGCGGAUGGCCGCCUGCAUUAAUGCAGAUGGUUCAAACUUUGGCCGGCAAUGGUGCCAACUCCAUAUGGGAGCACAGUCUUCUGGAUCCCGCUCAGAUACAGAGCGGUCGAAGGAAACCCAACCCUCAGGACAAAGUCCAUCCGACAAAGUCUGAGUUCAUCAGAGCGAAAUACCAGAUGCUGGCCUAUGUUCACAAGCUACCCUGUCGCGAUGAUGAUGGUGUGACUACCAAGGAUCUAAACAAGCAACUUCACUCAAGUGUGCGAACAGGAAGUUUAGAGACGUGUCUUCGACUGCUGUCCCUAGGCGCUCAGGCCAACUUCUUCCAUCCAGAGAAGGGCACUACUCCUCUCCAUGUGGCAGCCAAAGCAGGACAAAUUUUACAAGCUGAGCUACUAGUGGUGUACGGUGCAGACCCCGGAGCGCCUGACAUCAAUGGACGCACACCAAUGGAUUACGCCAGGCAGGCGGGCCACAUCGAGUUGGCAGAGAGGCUAGUUGAAUGUCAAUAUGAGCUGACAGAUAGGCUAGCCUUUUACCUGUGUGGCCGUCGCCCAGAUCACAAGAAUGGCCAUUAUAUAAUCCCUCAAAUGGCGGACAGAGCUCGUCCUAAGUGCCCGACACAGAGUCUGGACCUCUCAGAACUGGCUAAGGCAGCCAAGAAGAAGCUCCAAGCGCUUAAUAAUCGUCUUUUUGAGGAGCUUGCGAUGGAUGUCUACGAUGAAGUGGAUCGCAGAGAAAAUGAUGCAGUGUGGCUUACUACACAGAACCACAGUACUCUGGUUACGGAACGAAGCGCUGUGCCCUUCUUACCGGUUAACCCUGAGUACUCUGCUACGCGAAAUCAGGGCCGUCAGAAACUUGCACGUUUCAAUGCUCGAGAGUUUGCCACGCUCAUCAUUGACAUCCUGAGUGAUGCCAAAAGGAGACAGCAGGGGAAAGGUCUUAGCAGCCCAACUGAUCCAUUGGAUUUAGGAUUUGAUGAUGACCAGCACGACUAUGAUAGUGUAGCCUCUGAUGAAGAUACAGACAGUGAGCUAACCACCCAAAAUAAUAACAACACACAACGCAACAACCGUGCAAAGAGUAUGGACUCGUCUGAUUUAUCCGAUGGGCCCAUCACUCUACAGGAGUACCUGGAGGUAAAGAAAGCCCUCGCCUCCUCAGAAGCCAAGGUGCAACAGCUGAUGAAGGUCAACAACAACUUAAGUGAGGAACUUAGGCGGCUACAGAAAGAGAUCACACGGAUGCAGACAGAGAACAGCGCGCUGCGGGGUGGCCAGCACGCUGGGGGGCCAGUGGGCCAUGGAGUCGGGGGUCAAGGUGGAGGAACCGGCUGGCUGGGUGGCGGGAUGCGAGGAGUAAUUCGUGGGGAUCUGACGGCAUUGGGGAAAGGAUUUGAUCCCACAGUGGCCUCCUCAGCCGCCUCACAGCCCCAUCCUCAUCGGAGAGACCGCCAGGCUUUCUCCAUGUAUGAGCCUGGGGCUGGCCCAAACCCCACGGCCCAUGGUCCCCCAGCCCUGGACGCCCUGGCAGCCCGCCUGCAGCCCCUCAACACACCCAACGUAAGGAAGGGUAGUACGGGUGGUUUAACUUCAUACGGAGGCCAACAUUUGUCAGCAUCGUCAGAGAUUGGCCGUUAUAUGAUCUCCAAAUCGGAUAAGCACGGUAGUGGUACCGACAGCGACUACGACAACACGCAAACAUAUGACCCCUCGAUAAGCAUGGGUCGCAGUAGCGAGGAGGAGGGGCGCGGGGAGGCAGAGGAGGGAGGUGGCGGUGAGAUGUGUGAUCCAGACCCCACCUUGCCGUGCACGGAAGACGUCAUACUUAAGACUGAGCAGGUGACAAAGAACAUCCAGGAGCUUCUCAGGGCAGCUCAGGAGUUCAAACAUGACAGCUUUGUUCCUUGUUCGGAGAAGAUCCAUUCUGCUGUCACUGAGAUGGCCUCACUCUUUCCCAAACGUCCUGCCUUGGAUGCAGUCCACUGUUCGCUCCGCCUGUUGGCCUCCAGUGCGUCACGCUUACAGGUGGAGUGCCGCAAGGCGGCACCCUCGGAACCUGGCGCGCCCGCCGUGGACUAUCAGCUCCUCACUCAGCAGGUCAUCCAGUGCGCCUACGACAUAGCCAAGGCUGCCAAACAACUGGUCACCAUCACCACUCGCGAGAAGAAGCAGUGA